CGCCUUGUGUAAAAACAACCCGCGCGUGAGCUGGCUCACACAACAAUGGGAUAAAAAGGCGCCCCCAAUCUAACCUCUCCACAAUGUCCUUCAAUAUAUCUAGCAAACAUUUUGCUUAAAGGGACUUGGUUUGAAUAGAACCAGCAAGGUAGCUGACGUUAGAUAACUAGCAAGCUUUUAAGUCGACUGUUCAGCUCUUAUUAAUAUAAGAAAAUGACAGAUUUUAAAAUACGGAAAGCUGAAUCCAAAGAUGUGCCUGACAUACUGCGACUGAUAAAGGACCUGGCUAAAUAUGAAGAAAUGGAAAACCAUGUGAAACUGACUGAGGAAGAUCUGCUCGAGGACGGAUUCGGGGACAACCCAUUAUACCACUGCAUCAUGGCAGAAGUCCCCAGUGAGCCGCAGAGCAACAACGGUCCUGUGGUGAUUGGGUUUGCCAUGUACUACUUCACCUAUGACCCCUGGAUCGGCAAGCUGCUUUACCUGGAAGACUUCUUUGUCAUGGAACAGUACAGGAAGAUCGGUAUUGGCUCAGAGAUCCUCAAGCUCCUCAGUGACAUGGCAUUCGAGACUCGCUGCAACAGCAUGCACUUUGUCGUCGCCAAGGAUAACCAGGAGUCAAUAGAGUUCUACAAGCGUCGCGGGGCGGCCGACCUCACUCUGGAUGAGGGAUGGAGACUCUUCAAGAUCAACAAGAGCUCCCUCUUCAAGAUGUCCUCCGGCUUCAAAGAAUGAGCUGGCCCCAAGACACAUAGAAAGAUGGACAAGAGUGACAGACUUGGUCAAUUUAUAUUACUUAAUUAUUUGCUUGUCUUUCACUUCAGAGGUGGGGGGUGUGACUUCUGACAGUAGAUUAUUAUUAUUAUUAUUAUUAUUAUUAUUAUUAAAAGGGGAAUUAAAUGUGUGUGCACCAACUUUCUCAAUCUCGUCACUCAUUUAGGUCACGUAUUUUAUCUGAAGCCAUCGUUUUAGUAGUUGUAGUUUUUAAUCAACACACCUUAGGAUUCCUAGUGUUUUCUCAGUUCUGCUAAUCAACACACCUUAGGAUUCCUAGUGUUCUCUGUUUCAUUUAUUGACCAAUAUAUUUUACUAUUCUAUAAUAGUGAUUUUUUAAAUUAUUUUUCCCUGUAGUUUGAUUGUGUUUAUGUUGGUGGUUAUUAUGUUCUAUGGUGACUGAUUUCUGUGGGGCUAGGAGGGAAGUGGGGUGAGUUCAUUGCUUUACAAUGAAAUCCCUGGCCCCCCAUUAAGGUAGGCUUAGGUCAGGGGUCAGAUGUUAUGGGUCAUGAUAGUGUGGAAGGGGAGGGCUUUACAGAACAUGCAUCACUCCAUAUGCCCUCCCUCCCCGUCAUCCUCCGUCUCUCGUGGGAGUAAUUUCAGAAUGGUGACAUCAUCAAGAAACUUAAAUAACAGCCUUGUCCUCUUUCUCCUCCAUCUCUCUUGUCCCCUCUGUCAUACCUUCUCUUUGUGGAAGGGGGAUGUGUGGUCUGUUAUAACAGUCUAUGGAGAGCAGAGGAGUGGAACACAGUUACUGCACUGACCUUGGAAAGGUGCCAAACUGUCACAGUAUCUAAUGCUCAGACACACACACAUCUUAGUCAGAUCUAGCAGAAACCAGGGACGUAGAAAUGCAUAUCAGUGGGAUGUCUGGUGUUCACUGACUGUAUUUUGAACAUUCACUGCAGCAAUGCCUAAACAACAAACACAUCCAGAAUCCAACCCUGUAGUGGCCCAGUAGAGUUUAGAGAAUAUUAAAAACAGUGUCUCCUGUCCUCUCCUCCCCCUUGCCCAGGCAGAGACAGAUCCUCUGUGUUCUAGGAAGUGUGGAGAGUAUAGGGGAGAAGAGACAGCAUCCUUUAUCCCCAGACAGGCCAUAAUAUUUUCAUUCUAGACUCCCAUGAGCCUCGCUGAACUUCGAAACUGACUUGUUUAUGUCCAGAGCUCUAAACGGUGCCCCGUUACUGACUAACCAUUGGCAUUUAUUUAAAGACACACCAAGGAGAUUUACAGAAGAACCUUGGUAACCUUCUAUUCUAGCACACACAGGUGUUCAUCACUCUGUUGUACAAAUAGACACAUAAUCAUGACCCCAGUGAAUCACAACCACCACCGCAUAAUGGUCAAGGUCAAGGGUCAAGUUACACCCAGAGACACCCCCACCUCUGUACCAACUUGCCUAUCCCACAGUAAGUGUUGGUCGAGGAGUUGGCUAAAGCACGUCAAGAUGUGGGACCAGGCCAAAUAGUAACUUUCCAUAUGUUUUUCUAUGGUUAAAUGUAUUUAAAAAAAAAAUAUAUAUAUACACACACUACCAGUCAAGUUUGGACACACCUACUCUUUCCAGGGUUUCUUUAUUUUUACUAUUUUCUACAAUAAUAGUGAAUGAUGAUGACAUCUUUGCACACUAUUGGAAUUCUCUCAACCAGCUCAGAGGUAGUCACCUGCAAUGUAUUUCAAUUACUUCUUAAUGCGUUUGAGCCAAUCAGUUGUGCUGUGUCAAGGUAGGGGUGGUAUACAGAAGAUGGUCUUUUGCCAGUCCAUAUUAUGGCAAGAACAGCUCAACUAAGGACAGAGAAAUGACAGUCCAUCAUUACUUUAAGACACUAGGCAGGGUAGCCUAGUGGUUAGAGCGGUGGACUUGUAACCGGAAGGUUGGAAGUUCAAAUCCUCGAGCUGACAAGGUACAAAUCUGUCGUUCUGCCACUGAACAGGCAGUUAACCCACUGUUCCUAGGCAGUCAUUGAAAAUAAGAAUUUGUUCUUAACUGACUUGCCUAGUUAAAUAAAGGCAAAAUAAACUCCAAGUGGGCUGUCAUGAGCAUUUUACUGAGAAGUGGCUUCUGUCUGGCCACUCUACCAUAAAGGCAAGAUUGGUGGAGUGCUGCAGAGAUGGUUGUCCUUCUGGAAGGUUCUCCCAUCUCCACAGAGGAAUUCUGUUGGCCUGUCAAGAGUGACCAUCGGGUUCUUUGUCACCUCCCUGAGUAAGAGCGUUGAGCAUCAGUAAGAGCAUUGAAGAUGGGUCAUGGCUGGGUCUUCCAGCAUGACAACGACCCGAAACACACAGCCAGGGAAACUAAGGAAUGGCUCCGUAAGAAGCAUCUCAAGGUCCUGGAGUGACCGAGACCGUCUCCAGACCUGAACCCAAUAGAAAAUCUUUGGAGGAAGCUGAAAGUCCCGAAACCUGAAGGAUCUGGAGAAGGUCUGGAUGGAGGAGUGGGCCAAAAUCCCUGCUGCAGUGUGUGUGCAAACCUGGUCAAGAACUACAGGAAAUGUAUGAUCUCUCUAAUUGCAAACAAAGGUUUCUGUACCAAAUAUUAACUUCUGCUUUUCUGAUGUAUCAAAUACUUAUG